UCCUACCUUCAACCUCUCUCAAUCAAAACCCUAACCCUAAUUCCCCCCCUAAAACAAUGGAUGCAGUACACCGCCGGACCAAGAUAAUCUCCCGCCACCUCCAUCCUUCAUCAUCCUCCACCGAUUUACCCCUCAACCCCUCUCCUUGCCUCAGCUACUCUCCACCCUCCGAUCAAAUCCAAUUCAGCACCCAAUCCCUCCGCCAAAUAAUGGACGGCCACGAUCUCGACGCCAGAGAUUGGGCCUUUAGCUUGAUAGAGAGCAGCAGCCUCUUCUGCCCUCGGCGGCGAGGGGAUAGGGUUUUUGUGGGGCCUGAUUACAACCAGACGAAGGAGCAGCAGAGGGAGAUGACGAUGAAGCGGAUCGAGUUUUUGGAGAAAAAUGGAGCUUUUGAGGGGUGGUUGACGUCGGAGGGGGAGGCGGCGGAGAUGAGGAAGAUGGCGUUGAAUCAGGUGUUUGGAUCUUAUGAUCACUCGCUCGCCAUCAAGAUCGGGGUCCACUUCUUUCUCUGGGGUGGUGCAAUUCAAUUUUUUGGCACUAAGCGACAUCAUGAUAAGUGGCUGAAAGACACAGAAAAAUAUGUAGUCAAGGGUUGCUUUGCAAUGACGGAAUUGGGGCAUGGCAGCAAUGUGCGAGGAAUUGAGACAAGUGCCACAUAUGACAAAGAGGCCGGAGAGUUUGUCAUUAACACUCCUUGUGAGUCAGCUCAAAAGUACUGGAUAGGAGGUGCUGCUAAUCAUGCUACACACGCGGUAAUCUUCUCUCAACUCCAUAUAAAUGGAACCAAUCAAGGAGUGCAUGCAUUUAUAGCCCAGAUUAGAGAUGCUGAUGGAAAUAUAUGCCCCAAUGUACGCAUAGCUGAUUGUGGUCACAAGAUUGGAUUGAAUGGAGUUGAUAAUGGACGGAUUUGGUUUGAUAAUCUGCGAGUCCCCCGAGAGAACUUACUGAACUCAGUCGCUGACGUAUUGCCUGAUGGUAAAUAUGUGAGCGCCAUAAAAAACCCAGAUCAGAGAUUUGCAGCUUUCAUGGCUCCGCUUACAUCUGGUCGAGUAAUUAUUGCAGCCACUGCAAUUUAUAUAUCAAAGAUAGGUUUAGCUAUAGCAGUGAGAUAUGCACUUACAAGACGAGCUUUCUCUAUUACACCCGACGGUCAAGAGGUUCUAUUGCUUGAUUAUCCUAGUCAUCAGCGGCGUCUUCUGCCCCUUGUUGCGAAAACAUGUGCAAUGAGUUGUGCAGCAAACUUUCUGAUAAAGAUAUAUGUGAAGAGAACCCCAGAAACUAACAAAAUCAUUCAUGUCUAUUCAAGUGGUCUUAAAGCUACACUGACCUGGCAUAACAUGAGAACAUUACAGGAUUGUAAAGAUUCGACUUGCUCAGUUUUCAUUUUCUAUCUCAUGUUAGCAGAAAAUCGCGUUGGGAUUUUGAAAGGUGAAUUUGAUGUGCAAUCCACUUUUGAGGGAGACAAUAAUGUACUAAUGCAACAGGUAAGCAAAGCGCUUCUUGCUGAAUACAUAGCAGCUCAGAGAAAGAAGGCACCAUUUAAAGGCUUGGGAUUGGAACAUAUGAAUGGUCCCUGCCCCGUGAUUCCAGAUAAUCUGACGGGCUAUAGCCUUCGGAGUAUCAAAUUCCAGGCUGAUGUUUUCUUCUUGCGGGAAAGAGAUUUGUUGAAAAGAUACGUUGCAGAAGUUUCCCAGUAUCAAGCUCAGGGACAAAGCAAGGAGGAUGCCAUUCUCCUGAGCUAUCAACUUGGUGAGGAGUUAGCUAGAGCCUUCACAGAGAGGACUAUAUUGCAAACAAUCAUAGAGGCAGAAAUGUCAUCUUCUGGCUCCUUGAAGGAUGUGUUGGGAUUAUUAAGGUCUAUGUAUGCCUUGAUCUCCAUUGAAGAGGACUCAUCCUUCCUUCAGUAUGGUAUUUUGUCACUCGUCAACUUUGCUGCCGUGAAGAAAGAAGUGAUGAAACUAUGCAGCGAUUUAAGACCUCAUGCCCUGGGCAUCGUGAGCUCCUUUGGUGUCCCUGAUUCUUUCCUGAGCCCCAUAGCUUUCGACUGGGUUGAAGCUAAUUCAUGGGGGUCACCCAACUCAGGAAAUUGUUGAUCUCUCUCAUUACGUGGAACCCUAUAGGAGAAAAUUGAGGUGAUAUGGUUUCAGCAAUAAUCAGCUUGGUUGGUUGAGUUCCAAGAGCACCUUCUGUAAAAAUGUUUAAUAACGACACUCAAAAACAAGAGUGCAGGCCUACCAUUAUCAAAUGGACAACAGCUAUAUAGAACAAUUUGUUGAAUCUUGUGUACAAAAGGCAAUGCAUACCGUUUACGGACACCACUAUGAAUCAUAUUUAUCACAUGAUAAGUUCAAACGUUGCCUCUGGUGAAGGUCACAAUCUA